AUGCACAGUGGCAUGCAGUCCCUGAGUCUGGCAGAACUUCAUCUGUUGGCAAAUGCCCUCUAUUGCUACACCUGCGACUGGCAACAAAACAACUGGAACUGUCUGAAGGCCAAGAAGUGCUCAGACAAUGACGAGUACUGUGUGACCAAUGUUGCCUCUGUAGGAAUUGGCUCUUUGUCUUUCUGGAAAAGGAUCACCAAGAAGUGCUCUGAGACCUGCCCAGACCACAACUUCAGACUGGGCCUGGCUACCUACACCUCAUACUGCUGCCAAAGCUUCUUGUGCAACCUGACCGUCAUCCCCUCCGGCUAG